CGCCGCGCCGCCCGCCGACGACGACGGUUGGUGCUCAGUGUUGCACGAGGCCCGGCCUGGGGUGGUGGUGGUGAGGGACGCUGCUGGUGACGACAGAACGAGGACAACAAUCGCUGACGACGCAGCUGGGAGAGGUGUGAGGUGUCUGCAAUUCACACUGCAUACUUUGGACCACAGCCUUUGAAUACGUCUUCAAGAUGGCGGCGACGGGCGGCCGCCUUCUCUUGUUGGCCGCCGUUGCCAUGGCAGCAGAGUCGCCGCUGCCCGACCUCUCAAUGAGCGUUCGGAAGCCGAUAACGGUCACCUCCGGCCGUGACGCCCUUCUCACCUGUGUGGUCAACGACUUGGGCAACCACACCUUGCUCUGGAAGAAAGUGGAGGACCAUAAUGGCGAGGAAAAGACGAUGAUCCUGACGGCGGGAGCGUACCGCGUCACCAAUGACUCGAGGGUCAUGGUGCUGCAUGAUAUCGCCAGGAGGAAAGGCUCCGAUGCACUACACGGAGGUGAUGUGUUCGUGCUGGCCAUUCAAAACGCCUCUGUCAGCGAUACGGGAAUGUACGUCUGCGAGGUCAACAGCUCACCGGUGGUGCGCUCUUACCAUCAGCUCACAGUUUCUGAGCUGGGAGCGGCUACCAGCAGCGCCAUAGACUCGAGGGAAUCGUACGACUACACCUCCUGCUGCCAGCGGCAUAACGUCUCGGACAGCUGCAUCGGACUCUGCAACUUAUAUGGUCUUCACAACGGUAACCAGUCGGAGGAGUCGGACUGUGAGGCCGACUUUCCGCACAUCAUUCAGUGCAUGGCCGACGGCCGGAACCACAUGCCGUGCUGCGAGGAGCAGGGCGUUCCGGCCAUGUGUAGUGGGAUCUGCCGUGGCCAGUACGUCACCCAGCGGGACAGCAUCAAGGAUCACUUCAGCUGUGUGGCCUUCUCCAGCAUCAUGCUUAACUGCGUUGCUCGGGGACUAGACACUCUACCCUCGGCGCCGCGGAAUAUUCAAGUCUCCGUCAAGUCCCUCACCGAGCUACAGGUCACGUGGUCUCGGCGUCGCACGAACGCCCCGCCCCCUGACCUCUUUACGGUCAACGUGACCCGCCUGAGGCGAUUUGACGGCAACAUGCUGGGACUGGAUGUCAAUGGGACCGAACUGGGAGUGACGCAGGCUCAGGACACGCAGCUUUAUAAU